AUGAAGUACACCAUCGCCUCCGUUCUCCUGGCUGCCAGUUCAGCCCUCGCCGCUCCAGCCUCAACCAAGCGCGAAGCUACCUCUCUCCAAAUCACCGAUUUCAACGCCAACGUCGGCCUCGACGCAUUCAUACACUUUGUCUUGACCGAUGCCAACUACCCAAAUGAUACUCCCACCGACUGCAACCUAAUCUGGACGUAUGGACAAAAGCCCGAGGAGCGCGCUCGCUGCAACAAUGGAAAAUACCACAUUCAAUUCCCAGGCGGCGCACCGGAUUUGCACCAGUUCACUCUCGGCCUCAAACGCGAUGAAUCCGACCCCAUUCAAGAGCAGGGUCGGGUCCUGGUGGACUCGAGUGCGGAGGGCAGCAACUGGGUUUGUGUGGAUAACCCUAGCGAUGGCAUUAAGCUUCACUGUGAAUAUAGUGGUACCCUUGAAAUGCCGAUCACUCUGGGUUAA